CUGAUUGUGUUUGCGCAGGUGUUUGCGUUUGUGCAUAUGAUCCUAAAGGAAGAAAGCCACAUAUUUACAACAUGACAUCAAUGUAUGGUUAUUUGAAGUACAGUACUUGUUCUCAUAGUUACAGUCACUAAACGGUAAGUGUUAUGUUUACAGAGAAAUUGAAACCUUGUCUAUAUGACAGUGAUAUAUGGCGGAAGAACUUCUGAGAUGUGGCGAAAUGCCCAUUUGUUCUCUUCUUAUUUUAUUUUUUUUCUUCUGCUUAUGUUAUUCAUGGUGGCUGUAUAUUUACAUAUUUAAACAAUCUGAAUGAAAAAAUAACAGAAAGAUGUUGAAUGUUGAAGAAAACUGUUUCAUGCAAUAAAAGCCUUAAAGAAAAUGUAAAUGGCAUGAGAGGCAAAAAGCAAAAAUGAAAAUAUCCUGGCUCCACCUCUGGGUGGAAGUGAGAAUGUGUUACUCACUCACAGCGUAUAAAUAUGACCAAAUGACUGACAUCUGUUCAAGAGUGAAUCCUCAUCCCCAUCCUGUCUCAGACACUUGGAAUACUGAACAUGCACCUACACUGGCUAAUAUUUUUUCUUGUCACAUUGAGGUGGGUGUGUGAUGCUAAAUACUGCAGUUUUACACAAUAUGCUAAAGCUAAAAAGGAUCUUUUUGAACAUCUCGGCUUGGACAAGAAUGACUUUCAGAAUACCAGAAUGUGGCCCUUAAUAUUCAACAACUACUAUGAAAACAACUAUACUGAGUUCAGCCCUACCAACAACACAGAGAUCAACCCUGCCGACAACACUGAGUUCAAGCCUGCCUACAUUUAUGUGGACCUAUAUGUGACCUCCAUCAUAAAUGUGGACGAAAAAGCCCAGAGUCUCACAACACAGGUCAAAACGAUAACUGCGUGGCCAAAUUUGAAAAUGUGGUGGAGAACAGAGGAUUUUUGUGGGAUUACAAAAUUUGUCGCCCCCAGAAAUAUGUUUUGGACUCCAGACAUUGGUAUAAUGGAAAGCAUCAAGACAGAAUUUGGAACAAAGGAGUCUCCAAAUGUGAUGUUGUUCAAUUUUGGCUAUGCAGUCUCAUUUGAAAUGUUAUCUCUGACCACAGCCUGUAAGAUGGAUCUCCACAGGUUUCCCUUCGACACCCAAAGCUGCAAUAUAACACUUCAGUCUACAUCAUAUUCAAAUCAUGACAUUGCAUUGGAUUUACUAACUAAUAAAUGGAACAUCACCUCUGAGUCGAAGAAAUUUCAGGCCCAGGGAGAGUGGGAGCUCCUCGAAAUAAACUACACUAAAGCUACCCUGGCUAAGUGGAUUGAAGUGGAUCAGCUGAUAUAUCAGAUCACCAUAAAAAGAAGACCUCAACUGUAUGUCAUAAACAUUAUAGUACCGGUAUUUUUCUUCCUUUUACUGGAUGUGGCCUCCUUCUUCAUUGACACAAAAGAAGAAGACAAGCUGAACUUUAAAGUGACUUUACUCCUGUCUAUUUCUGUGAUGCUGCUGAUUCUUAAUGACACGCUGCCCUCUACAGCUGAAAAUCUUCCUCUGAUUGGGGUUUACUGCUGUGCAAUUUUUUGUCUCAUUGGCAUCAGCAUUGUGGAGACCAUCUUUGUGAAUUUUCUGAAGACUAAAGCAGCUGAGAAGAGAUCAGUGGAAACAACAGCUGCUGUUACUGUUACUGGCCGAGAUGACCUGGCGAGUACUCCAGACUCAGUUAAAGAUCAGAAUGAUAAGCAUUCUUGUACCAUCGACCUUCUGAAGCAGAUACUCACUGAGGUUCAGGCUGCAACUCAACAAAACCAACGAAAGAAAACAUCUCUGUGCUGGACCAGAGUGGCAAGAAUCAUAGAUGUGACCUUCUUGGUUCUUUACAUAAUCACCAUUAUUGUGUUUCUGUCUGUGCUUGGGAAGCUUUGGCUUCCAUAGGGAAGUCUUAUACAUGAGACACACAAUACUUUUAUUAUAUAACUUUUAUUCAGAGUUUAUAUAUAGUUUACAUAGAGUUAAACACACAAGAAUACACAACAAAACACAAAGAUGCUGACAGAAGACACAUAUAUUAUGUAUGUGUGUGUGUGUAUGUAUUUUUUUUUUCACUUGAGCACCUGCCCCUCAAAACUAUAUGCAGGUGCUAAUUAAACAAAUUAUAUAAUUGUUUGUAAAAAAGUAAAAUUGUAAAAGUAAAUACUGUUGAUCAUCUUGUAAAUAAUUACACUGUUUAACACUACAACUGUCAUACCACACAGCAAAAUCCCCAGUGUUAAAUUAACUUCCAGUGUACAUAUGUGUCCACACUGAAGCAAAAAAUAACUGAAGCAGUAUUGUAUCCUGGGAAUACUCUUUUGGCGUAAGUUGAUUUGCAUUGGCUGUCUGCCAGAAGUUAUUUUAGUUUAUAAAGAUUUAAAUAUGGAUAUUUUCUUGCAAAAACCCAUCGCUUCGCUUCAGAAGGACUUUAUUAUUGAUGAUGAUCAUCACCAUGUAGUGGCCUGAUUCACUAGUCUCAUCCAGCAUUAUUAACUAGUCAUAUAAUGUUUUAUAUAUGUUUGCAUUAAAGUAAAUAUGUGAUGUGACAGCGUGUGUGAUUCAGUAGUGCUAUAAUCUGAAUUUUUUAUUUUUUUAUUUUUUAAACAUAGAUAUCAAGAAUCAGCAUUUGAAUCUCAAGAAUGGUGACAAUCAAACAAAAUAAAUCCUGUUGCAGUGCAUGAGCCACCAAUUAAAACUUAUCCAUACUUCCCAUCAUGCAGAUGAAUUGUCCUAUUAUUUUCAUUAAUUGUUCCUGUUUGCUUUUAUUUUGCUGUUGUUUUGUUGUGACAUUAGUAGCUUGUUUUGUGAUGUUCAGAGUUUAUCUGUUUUGUCAUUUUGUUUGAUUGUCACCAUUCUUGAGAUUCAUUUGCUGAUUCUUGAUUUAUGUGUCUAAACAUAGAAGCUUCCGUGCGCAAAAUGUUUAUUUUAAAGGGCACCUAUUAUGCCCAGUUUUACAAGAUGUAAUUUAAGUCUCAGGUGUCACAGAAUGUGUCUGUGAAGUUUCAGCUUAAAAUACCUCACAGAUCAUUUAUAAAACCAUGUUUUGUCAAAGCCCAAAACAAUUAUAUGCAUUGUAUUCUAUUCUAUGAGACCUUUUAAAUGACAUAUAACUCAUGAUUAUCUGAGCUGUAUGAUGCUUUUGACACAUUGGAGUACAAAGUACAAAAAAAAAAUCAUAAAUUAUUCUAAUUUUUUAUUAUUAUUUUUCAACAGUAGGAGUUAAUUGAAUUGGCAAUGAUCAAAUUUGUGAUGAUCUAGACAUAAGUUUUGAAAAAUAUAAUUAUUUUCUUAUAGGUAGGUGGCGCCCCCACGGGCAGUACACUCUGUUUUAGAGUGAUGACUCAUUAAAGAUUGAACA